GCAGCUCCUGCCUUAUUUCCUUCACGGAAACUGCCGUGGUCUUUGUGGGAUCCUCCCACUUCUUGCUUUUUGCCCCACCGUGUCUGAUCAGCCGGCAAACGUAUUACACCCCAGGCUUUUGCAAAGGAGCAUUUCUAUGUGAUGGCGGCAUGGAAGGGGCUCUACACUAACGUGGAUGCACUUGAACAUGGGGUAGAGGAACCCAGGGCACAUGCCCAGAAGAGUCAUACAGGCACCAAGGAGAACCCAGAGGAGGAGGGGUUUUAUGAGACUGCUGAUCCUGCAACCAGUUUGGGAGGGAAGCCAACAGACCAGGUGGCCACACCAUGGUUCUCAGCCAAGAAGCCAACUUGCACACGCAGGGUGGUGAUCAUAGCCGGUGCUACUCUGCUAGCCACAUCUGUGUCCCUCAAUGUGCUGCUGCUUGCUCUGGGAAUCGUGCACAAUUCUAAAAUGGCUGCUACUUUGGAGCAAGUGCAAUCUGAGAAUAACCAUCUCAAGGAGGCAGUCCCCAAACCCUUCUUGCUGUUCAACGAGAAUCUCCAGAUUUGUGUGGCUGUGCAAGAGGACAGGUCUCUCACAGGUGCUUCCUGUGACCCUGAUGCCCUGGGGCAGCAUUUUCAGUGGCUCUCCAGAGGCCUCCUCCGGCACGCGGCUUCGCAGCUCUGCGUGGCAGCUCAAGAGCCCAGAAGCAAGACCCGUCUCUCGCUGAAGCCCUGCAAUGCACAGAGCCCGCUCCAGCGCUGGGAAUGUCGCUGGGACAAUCUCCUGGCCCUUGAAGGCAAGAAUCUGUAUUUCAACUAUGGGAACGUUGCCCAUCUGGUUAUACUGUACAGCGGCAACGGGCUUUGGAGCCGCUGGGUCAACUACAAGGCCAACAGCAGCAUCUGCAACACUUGUCCCCCCUUUGCCAGGGAUUGGACCUUCUUCCAGGGGAGCUACUACUUCCUCUCACACUCGCCGGGAACCUGGGAUGUGGCCAACCAAUCAUGCACCUCCUUGGGAUCCCACCUGGUGACGAUCAACAGUGCAAACGAGAAGACCUACAUUGCAACCAUGAUGAAAACUCGUUCCUGUUGGAUUGGCCUUAUUGACCAGGUGCUUGAAGGUUCCUGGACCUGGGUGGAUGGAACAUACUUAGGACCUGACAACAACUAUUGGCAUGAAAAGGAGCCCCAAGGUGGAAGGGCUGAGAAUUGUGCCCUGAUGAGGAACCAUCUUUGGUAUGACUAUCCCUGCCGAGACACUUAUCACUGGAUCUGCGAGAGGAAGCCCUAGUUCGGAGGAGGGGGAAUCCCCAGCACGGCCGUUCUGCGAUCUGCACUCAGCACCACGAGCCCAUCCAGCUCAGCGCUUCACGAGCACAAACUCUAGAGGCCAAGCACACGCGGCUCCCAGCUGGCCACAAGUGCGGCUUCUCCCACUCAGGCCUGUGGGCGAAGAAAACGGAGUUUGCACCCCAAAGAAGUUGAGCGACGCUCCAAAAAAAUGAAGGCAGCUUUGCGUAUUUCACAUAAACGGAAUGUGCUUAGGGCGAGCCUGCUCAGAGUUUGUACAAUUUGAAUACGCUACAGCUAGUUCUUUAUUUUUUAUAUAGACAUCAUUGUGUACUUCUUUGCAGGUUUGUAAAACCAUAAUCAAUGACAUUUGUUCUUCUGCCACUCUAAACACCUGAGGGGGAGAAAUUAUUAUUCUUUUGUCACUUGAAAGGAAGUCUGUCCAACUAAGCCAGGAGUGCCCCAUCUUUGUGCCCCACGGGCUUUGCUGCAGAUUUGCAAUCCCAACCCAUCUGGAGAGCACCAGUCUGGGGAGGGGGUGGAAUAGUUAAUUAUCCCACCCCCUUGUUUUAAGAAAGAAGCCCUUGUUUUAAGAAAGAAGGUAACAGCUUUCUGCUUCACCUGAGUCCACCCUAUUGGGACAGGCCACGCUGCUCUCUGCAUAUGCCUUGCGAAACCUCUUUCAUUCACCUAGGCAAGCAUAUCUCAGGGGGGGGGGAAUGUUUCCCAAAGGAACUAAUUCCGUAUAUCACCUGUGCUUCCCUUGCGUAUGUCAUGAUGUCAUCUGGCAUUUCCUCAUCCACUGCAAGCGGCAGCCCAUGAAUUAGGGCAGAUGUGUUGGGCUGCAUCUCCCAUCAACGUCCACCGGAUCAGCACCCCGUCCUCAUGUUUGUUGACCCUCUCAAAGAAUUCUAGCAGAUCAGUGAGACAGGACUUGCCUUUGAGGAAGCCGUCUUGAGUCUUCUUCAGCAGGGCCUGCCCUUCUAGAUGCUUAUUAAUUUUCUUAUGGAUUUUAUAUUGCUAAUUGAACAAGCUUUCUUUCCCUUAAACAUUGAACUGGAACUUUAUUUAUAGGCUUACUGUAACCUUUUAAUUGUCCAAUUAUGUUUCAUAGUGUUUGCUAUUUCCCCCUCUCCAUGCUGAUGCGUUAGCUACAGGCAGGGGGGGCUUGGGUUUUUUUUAAAUGUGGGACAGUGUUAAAAAAAAUGUGACAGCCCAGCCAAGAUUCUACCACAUCAUCGUGGGCGUGGGCGUGUUCUUCAGUUGGGUUAAUAAAGGAAUGCUGGACUUGCA